UAUCUUUUUCUAUGUAUAUCCCAUGAUUUCUGCUAUAUCCCAUGAUUUCUGCUCUAUUUUAGGAUAGAAUAAUUUACUCCUAAUGUAUUUUAGGAUAGAAUAAAUUAGCUCCUAAUUUUUAGGAAAUUACAGAUUUCAUGGAAUUGACAAAAGUCAAAUUCCACUUGUAUAAAUGUUGUACAGAGUCUGGAACAAAAGAUAUGACAGAACAAUUCAGUUCUUCUUUUUGUUCAUGGUAUCAGAGCUUUUGCUCUUGGGACCUCUUCUUGUCAGCCUUCAUUGCUGAGAACUUUCCUUUUUUUUCAAGUCUUAUUGCCAAGUGCAAUUUCCAGCCUUCAUUGCUGAUUUUUUCCAUUAGGCCUUCAUUGCCAAUUUUUCUUUGAAACCUCCACCAUGUCUGAAACUGAAACAUCAGAAAUCCACUCCAAUACCAAAUCAGAGGAGACCUCAAAUAUUCCACAAACAGGGGAUUUGCAGAGUAUCCAGGCAGCCUACAGGCUCAACGGGAAAAACUAUUUGAAGUGGUCACAAUUUGUUCAAACAUUUCUCAAAGGAAAGGGCAAAAUCAGCCACUUGCUUGGAACUGGACCGAAAAAGGGAGAUCCUAAAUUCGCUGCUUGGGAUGAAGAGGAUUCUAUGGUCAUGUCAUGGCUGUGGAAUUCCAUGUUACCUGAAAUAAGCGAUACUUGCAUGUUCCUACCAACAGCUCAAGAUAUAUGGACUACUAUUCGACAGACCUAUUCAAAGGCAGGAGAUGCUGCCCUAAUCUAUGAGAUCAAAACAAAGAUCUCAGCCACUAAACAGGGCAACCUUUCUGUUACUCAAUAUGCCAACCUUCUGCAAAAUCUAUGGCAGGAACUGGACCAAUAUCGGUGUGUUCAGAUGGUGUGUAGUGAAGAUGCAGCCACCUUGAAAAGCUUUAUCGAAAAGGAUAGAGUUUAUGACUUCCUUGCAGGUCUGAAUGUGGAAUUUGAUCAGGUCAGAAUCCAGAUAUUGGGGAAGGAAAGAUUAUCAUCUCUGAAUGAGACAAUAUCAUUGAUUCGAGCUGAAGAGAACAGGCGAGAAGUCAUGUUAGAGCCUAAAACAUUAGAAGGCUCUGCAAUGAUUUCUACAAAGUCAAAUAAAGACACAAUUUGGUGCACGUACUGCAAAAAAUCAAGCCAUACGCGAGAUGAUUGCUUCAAACUCCAUGGGAAGGAACAAGUCCUUAGUCGUAAAGGAGGAUUCAAAGGGCGAAAAGCCCACUUAACUGCUGGAGAAGACCAAACACAAGAAAAAUCCAACCAGGGUGGUAUGGGAGAAUUCAAGAAAGAAGAAAUCGAAAAGCUAAGAAACCUCCUAAAUUCCCUUGAAAAGUCCUCUAGUACGUGUUCAUUGGCUCAAUCAGGAUUUGGUUACGGGGAGGACGAUUGGACUUGCUAAGGUGAAUGAUGGGCUUUAUUACCUUGAGGAGAUGAGUGGCAACAA